CUUAUCUAUUGGAACGAAUUAUUCGAUGAGUAUGUAUUUGGCUGUGGAAGUGAUCACCUCGUCUCGUUAGUACAUUCAAAUUUUGAUCAAAAGUGGUUGUACUCAACGCACAACAAUUGCCGUUUGCUUACUUCUGGAUGGAUUGAGUUCCCACUGUGUUUUUUUCUACACGAAGUGUUUAACGCCAGAGGAGAUUUUGAAUAAAUAUUCAGCGCAAUAAAAUAGUUCUAGUUAUGUGUUCGACGCGAAGGAGGCACCGGUAUUACGUGGUUUUCCGGUAGAAACUCGACCUAUGUCAUUAUUUUAAGUUUGGACAUCAUAUCAAAUGGAAGUAAAAUGAAAGAAUUGCUCGAAACCACGUAUUUGGAUGAUUUGAAAUCAUUUCGUUGGGAAUUAUUCCACUACAGACAUUCGAAGGAAGUUAUCAAAUGCUUGACCAGAUACUAUUUCAAGAAGUAUAAUUUUCAACACUUUGCUGAAGAGAUCAUAAUCGCUGGAUAUGAUUUACAAAAUUUGAAUAAAGAUAUUCGAACGGAGGUUUGUCUUCACGUGCCAAAUUUGGCGCUCGGUGCAUUUCCCUCCAUUCGCGAGAGUGACGAUACGGUGUGGGAUCUCAACCGGUUGUUUAUUUGUUUGACGUAUGGCAAUGAAUCGUGUUUCGUUAGAGGUCUACAGUUGAUUGCUGCAAAAAGGCCGAAUGAUCUGUGCAAAUUGUUCAUGUGUAUGGGAUUUUUGAUCUGGCAGUUGGAAACUUGGCUAGAACCAUCGGUUGCUCACACCGUGAUAUCAUCAUUGCAAAAAUUGCCACUGCAAACCAAUGUAUUGAAUCUUUCAUUGGUUGAUUUACUGGAAAACUACCAAAACUACUUCAAGUACUGGAAAGGCAAAAGAUAUGUAAAUAUCGUUGAUGCAAUUGAUGCUAUUAUGCUGGAGCCAAAGCUUCGGCACAAAAAGAUGAUUGAGCAUUUUGAUCGUACUGCUGUCGUGGAUGUUUUGAUUGAAUGGGACGUAAAUGUAACAACGAAACUCCAUCAAGGUCAUACUACUCUAUACCAUGCUGUUGUGCAAAAAAAUUUGAAUGCAGUUUUCAAAUUACUCACAAAAGGUUCAUUUAUUGGCAGCUUAUCCAAUACAGAACCCAACAUAUGCAGCAUUGACUCGAAAAUGUUUGAAAAACACUUUGACAACUGUAUUACAAGGUGCGUGGACGAUGACAGUUUUAUUGAAGUUGAUUUCAAAAAUUUAAUAUCUCCACCGAAUGAGUGCGACCGCUGCGAUGGGACCUGCUCAGACGAAAUGAAAGCAAUUGAACUGUUAUCAAAUUCGAAAAACCAUAAACGUUUACUUGUUCAUCCCGUGUUUUCGUUCUUUGUGCUUUUAAAGUGGAAUCGUUUGGCAUUUGUGCUUUACAUUGACUUUAUCUUAUACACACUCUUCACGUUGUCAACGAUUAGCUAUAUUUUGACGGUUGAAAGUAGUAAUAGAAGUGGCGAAAAAACUUUUCACGAAAUUGCGUUAACUGUGACCACGUCUAUUUUCACUGUGUAUGCAGCAUCACGGCGAAUAUUGGAUCAAAUAUUCAGCAGCAUCUAUUUAGAGCACCGGAGUAAAGUUCGUCAUUACUUGCAAUGCCUUCAUACGGUGUCCAUAGUUAUUUUCGUGCUGAUACUUCUGUUUGACAUUUCAGUUAGCUAUCGCUCGGUUUUUGCAACAAUUUGCAUUCUUUUAAUAGCUGGUGAACUGUUCAUUUUGGCCGGAUCGCUAUUUUGGUCCUUUUCCAAAUAUUAUGUCAUGUUUUUAGACGUUGCAAUAAGCUCGCUGAAAAGUUUACAGUUGUGCAUUAUACUGAUACCAGCAUUUUGCAUAUCAUUUUAUUUACUGUUGCGGAAUCGAGCACAACUCACAAAUGCAAACAACAGAAACGAUGGACAUGUAAGCACUUCGAACAAAGAAGAGAAUUCUUUCAGUGAUUUCAAAUCAUUGUUUGUUAAAAUUAGCGCAAUGUCGAUCGGUGAAUAUGAUGUAGACGCCAAUAAUUUUGAUAAAAAUGUCGUUAGCACGUAUUUGUUCAUCGGCUUUGUAUUUUUGAUUUCGACUGUUUUUAUGAAUUUGAUGAAUGGUCUUGCGGUUAGCGACACUCAAAAAAUUCAAUCGGAUGCUGAAGCAACGAGUAUGAUUCAACGCUUGAGAGUUUUGGCCUACUACGAAGGUGUUAAAUCAUUCAAACAGCAUUGGUUUCGAAAAAAGUUCAACGAUACCUGGGUUAUGAAAACAUUUACUUACUUCACAAAAAUCAAUUCAUUCGACACACUAUGUCAUCCACUGAACACAAAAAUCUACAUCGGUUCAGACAAUCGAGUAUUAGUUUUACGCAAAGAUUACCGAACAGCUGAACAGGACUCGAUUAUAUUUGACCAAAAUGGUUCAUAUUUAUUCGGUUGGAUUAGCUACUUUUGUUGCUCUAAUAAAUUUCUCCGGGUGGAUAAAAGGAUAGUGCAACAGGCUCAUAACAUUUUAGAAAUGAAAAAUAUGAAGCAAAAAGAUGAAACCGAGAAGAAUCAAUUGAAAAAUCAAAUUGUAAAACUUGAGAGUGACUUGGAUGAAAUCAAACAAAUGAUAAAACAAAACAAUGAAAUCACAAAGCAUCAAUUGGAAAUAAUAUUGCACAAGUUAGAUUCUAUUAUAUAGGCAAAAAAACAGCACAUCAUCAUCUUAUAAAAAAGUUUGCACAUUUUAUUCUAAUAAGGGCAAUCGUAUUAUAUUUGAUAAAUAUCUACAGAAGAAAAAUCUAGAAAAGGGAAA